AUGGACGAUGGCCUUGUGCUCAAUCUCGCAAGUAAUGAUGCAGCAGGACCAGCAAGCGUCAGCCACGCAGCCAAGUCAGGGCGCUGGACGGACAGAGUAAAAGCAAAACGAGUUGCGAAGCGUAAAACGAGAACCUGGGAGAAGACAGCAGUGCAGAAGCAAGGCGAUAGUAAGGAGGGAGAUGCCCAGCAUCCUCCUGUAAAGCGGCCUCGAAAGGAUGCGUCUCGCCCUAACCAAUCAAACGACAUACCUACCCCCUCAGAACGCACCGCACAUCCUCCCAGAGCAGCACCCACUCAGAUCAUAUCCUCCCUCUUCUCAUACAACCCAAAAAUAGAGACACCCCUAGCAGCUGUGAACCCAAAAACCUCAUCCAAGCCUAGCAAUGCCCCUCUAGCCGGACCAUCAACGUUCUGUGACCUGGGUCUUGACCCUUUAUUGGCCGCACACAUGACUUCCAAAAUGAAUAUCACAAAACCAACGUCUAUCCAGCGAGCAGUUCUUCCCCUUCUUGUGAAAGCGCCGUCCGAGGACACAGCUGCAAGGGAUGUUUUCAUCCAGUCUCAAACCGGUUCUGGAAAGACGCUAGCCUUCCUUUUACCGAUUAUCCAAGAUCUUCUACCUCUAAGCACACAUUCUUACAUCGAUCGCUCAAUUGGAACACUAGCCAUCAUCAUCGCCCCUACUCGUGAACUCGCCAAACAAAUAGCAGACGUCCUCGAAGCUCUGCUGACUCUUAAGCUACACGCUGAAGGAGAAUCAGAGGACGAUCAAAACUCUACUCGUUUCACGCGAUGGCUAGUAUCUGGAUUACUUAGCGGUGGUGCCACCCGCACACACGAAAAAGCGCGCCUCAGAAAAGGCCUACCCAUCAUCGUUUCCACGCCUGGAAGAUUGCUAGAUCAUCUACAAAAUACAUCUUCUUUCAACGUCGGAAAAUGUAGGUGGCUUGUUUUAGAUGAAGCCGAUCGUCUUAUGGAGUUGGGUUUUGAAGAGACCAUCAAGGGUAUAGUUCAAGGGCUUGAUGGGCGUAGAAAACUUGCUAUUCAGGCUGUUAAGGAGGGGAAGAGCAUGGAAGUCGGCGGAUGGGAUUGGGAGCGUCGCAGGCGGACCAUACUAUGUUCAGCCACUAUCCGGGAAGACGUUCAGAAGCUGGCAGGGACGACUUUGAUCCAGCCGCUGAUGAUAAAAGCCAUGGACACAGAUAAAGAAGAAACUGCCGGUUUGCGGCCUGAGAGCGAUGCACCAGGGGCAGUCUCUUCAUCGGAGAAGUUCACGCCUCCAACCCAGCUAUCGCAGAAAUACGUAGUUGUCCCACUCAAAAUGCGAUUAGUCGCUCUUGUCGCGCUACUACGGCUCCUCCUCGCGCAGGCGCAUGGUCGGAGGGGAUCAAAGAUCAUUGUUUUCCUCAGCUGCACAGACUCUGUCGAUUUUCACUGGAAUCUUCUUGGGGGCUCGGCUAUGGGUGGAGACGGCGUAGACUCCCCAGAUGGUGAUGGUGAUGCUGCUGCUGCUGCUGACAAUGAAGGCGAAGACGACGACGACAGCGACAUCGAAAGCAAAAAACCCACCAAGCCGCAGAAAGAAAAAAUAGCCGCAACCUCUCCUCUCCUCCCCGACGCCUCCAUCUUCCGACUUCACGGCUCCCUGCCCCCACCAACCCGUCUCGCCUCCCUCCGCGGAUUCUCCUCGACCCCCAACUCCAACUCCAACUCCAAACUCACCUCACAGCCACCCGCACCCCCUUCCUCCAUCCUCCUCUGCACCUCCGUCGCCUCUCGCGGCCUCGACCUCCCACUCGUCCGCGCCGUCGUGCAGUACGACCUCCCCACCGAGGGCGGCGCGACGGAGUAUGUGCACAGAGUAGGCCGGACGGCGCGCGCUGGGAAGGGCGGUGAGGCGUGGAGCAUCGUCGCCCCCAGCGAGUCUAGCUGGGUGCCAUGGGUGGAGGGCAAGAUGCGGGGAGACGUCGUCGCUGACGGCCCAGCCGAUGCGCAAGCCAAUAUCUCCCUCGAGGGCGUGGCCAUCGACACCGUGCUCUCCAAAGGCUUUGGUGGGAAGGGCGUCGAGUAUGAGGGACGGGCGACUGAUGUGCAGUUGUCGUUUGAGAGGUGGGUGUUGCGGGAGAGCAAGAACGCCGACUCAGCGCGCAGAGCAUUCCUCUCCCACAUGAGAGCCUACGCCACCCACCCCUCCAACGAAAAACACAUCUUCCACGUGCGCCACCUCCACAUCGGCCAUCUCGCCAAAGCCUUUGCCCUCCGCGACGCCCCCAAAACCGUCACCACCGCCAAAAACAACGUCACCACCAGCACCGGCGGAAAGAAGACGAGGACGAAGACGAGGGAGAGCGCAAACGCCGCGAAAACCACCAAGACGACCGAGGGCAAGCCAGACGCCGCCGCCCGCGUGAAGCGCGAGAAGGUGGGCGCCAAGGUGCAUUAUCGGGAAGAGGGCCAGGUGGAGGGCGAGGCGGAGAGGAGGAUGCAGGAUGUGGUGAGGGCGCAGGGACGGUUGACGAGGAAGGGAGGGGUGAUGAUGAGUAGUGGGGCUGGGGAGUUCCAGAUCGCGUCCGGGGCGGCUCUGGAGAGUCUGGCCCAGAGACGUUGA